ACCUUUUACUCCCAGCUCGUUUCCCUUUGGCUCUUUUGCCGUCCGAAUCCAAUUGUCUCUCCCUCUCCACAAUAAAAAGCUAAAUUCGAACCCAAAAGGUGUUCCUGCCCCAUUCUCCUUCGACCAAAGGCGGUAGAAACCAGAGAGCGGAGAGAGAGAGGGAGAGAGAUGAAGAGAUACAGGAAUGGGGAGACGUGGGACUUUGAGAGCGAGAUGCCGGCGGUGAGUAGGAACGGCGGCGUCAUCCUCGGCCUGGAUGGCGGCACCACCUCCACCGUCUGUGUCUGUAUCCCCGCCGCCCUCCACUCCUCCGGCCGCGUCCCCGACCACCCCCUCCCCAUCCUCGCCCGCGCCGUCGCCGGCUGCUCCAACCACAACUCCGUCGGAGAAACUGCAGCCAGGGAGACAAUAGAGAAGGUUAUGGCUCAAGCCCUUUCAAAGGCACACUCAAGUCGAUCUGCUGUUCGGGCGGUUUGUUUAGCCAUUGCUGGUGUAAACCAUUCAACCGAUCAGCAGAGAAUACUGGACUGGCUAAGAAAUAUAUUUCCUAGCCAUGUCAAGAUUUUUGUAGAAAAUGAUGCCGUGGCAGCAUUGGCAAGUGGAACAAUGGGCAAGAUCCAUGGCUGUGUUCUAAUUGCAGGCACAGGUACAAUUGCUUAUGGGUUCACUGAAGAUGGAAGGGAAGCCCGAGCUGCAGGAGCAGGACCUGUCCUGGGUGAUUGGGGGAGUGGAUAUGGAAUUGCUGCAAAGGCAUUGACAGCGGUGGUGAGGGCUCAUGAUGGUCGUGGCCCCCAAACAAAGCUUACAUAUAACAUUCUCAAUGAGCUUGGUGUUUCUUCGCCAGAUGAACUGAUUGGGUGGACCUAUGCAGAUCCAUCAUGGGCUCGUAUUGCUCGACUUGUUCCGGUAGUGGUAUCUUCAGCUGAAGCUGGUGACGAAGUUGCAAACAAAAUCUUACAUGAUUCGGUCCUUGAGUUGGCAUCUAGUGUGGAAGCUGUUGUUCGAAGACUUGGAUUGUGUGGUGAAGAUGGGAAAGAUGCUUUCCCGCUUGUUAUGGUUGGAGGAGUUCUUGAAGCAAACAAGAGAUGGGAUAUAGGGAAGUCAGUGAUUGAUCGUAUCACCGAGAUUUACCCAAGAGCACAUCCAAUUCGACCCAAGGUGGAACCAGCUGUUGGGGCAGCACUGUUAGCUUGGAAUUAUGUCAUAGGAGAAUUAAGUGACCUGGCAGCCGACCAUUAACUCAUGGUCUCAAAUUUCAGAAAAGUCGAUAGCUGUACAGUGAUACUGGAUUUACUUAAAGCCUGAAAGAACUGUUAAAGGGAUUUUUCGAAGCUAUCCUCAGAAGAUCAAUCACCAUUUAGGUUUUCAGUGGCUGUAUGAUUUCCGAAGGAUGAGGUGCAGCAUACAAAGCUGGCAAGCUCAUUGGUCUAUUUAUUCUUGUAUUGUAAUAGAUUUCAAAUGCUGUUUAAAAUGCAGAGAGAGUACCCAAAAAAUGAGGAAUGCAAAGCCUACCUGGCUGUUGGGCAUUUGUUUGUAGGAACUUGCAGGGCUUUCAGUUCUCUUGUAACAUGAAUUUGAUUUAGGAAUACUUAGCCAUCUGGCCUUCCUUCUAACUA